UCUUUGUACCCAGCGGCGGACAACAGGCGGUGUCCGCAGGUAGAGUCCUUGCCGUGGCCUGGCCGGAGACUGGAGGGCGACCCCAGCCGUAGGCCGGGGUUCUCUCCAGAUAGAGGAGACGGAUCCAGAGGGGCUGCAGACCAAGAUUGUUGAAAACCAGACGUACGAUGAGCGUCUAGAGAUCAACGACUCUGAAGAGGUUGCAAGUAUUUGCACUCCAUCCCCAAGAUACAGAGGACUUACUCAUUCUGCCCGUCUUCCAAACAAGACCAUGGCCGAUAACAGCAGUGAUGAGUAUGAAGAGGAAAAUAACAAGGUCCUAAGUGAGGGCACUCCACAGGCUCCAGGCCACAGAGGCAAAGACAUGGACCCCAUCCCAACUGCCCCUGCCAGCCCCAAGCACCACCAGACCCCUUCUCACGGACUUGCGAGGGUGGGAUGGUACAUAGAGAACCUGAAGCUCAGAAAGGAGAAGAAGAAGACAUUGCAGCUGGCACCUCAACACGGCUUUAGUGAAAACGAUGAUGAUGAUGAUGACGACGACUCAUCUGAAACCGAUUCCGACGAAGAGGAUGAUAAUGAAAGGCAUGGAGCCCCUCUGGAAGGAGCCUAUGAUCCUGCGGAUUAUGAGCAUUUGCCUGUUUCCGCCGAGGUUAAGGAACUCUUCCAGUACAUCAACAGGUAUACACCUCAGUUGAUUGACCUGGACCACAAACUGAAACCUUUCAUUCCUGAUUUCAUCCCAGCUGUUGGGGAUAUUGAUGCAUUUCUAAAGGUCCCCCGUCCUGAUGGGAAGCCCGACAGCCUUGGCCUGUUGGUAUUAGACGAGCCCUGCGCGAAGCAGUCCGACCCGACGGUGCUCUCACUGUGGCUGACAGAGAAUUCCAAGCAGCACAACGUCACACAACACAUAAGGGUGAAGAGCCUGGAAGAUGCAGAAAAGAACCCCAAAGCCAUCGACAUGUGGAUUGAGAGCAUCUCCGAGUUACAUCAUUCAAAGCCCCCUGCGACUGUACACUAUACCAGGCCCAUGCCUGACAUCGACACGCUGAUGCAGGAAUGGUCCCCAGACUUCGAAGAGCUUCUGGGCAAGGUGAGCCUGCCCACGGCGGAGAUCGACUGCAGCCUGGCAGAGUACAUUGACAUGGUCUGUGCCAUCCUGGACAUUCCCGUCUAUAAGAGUCGGGUUCAGGCCCUCCACCUGCUCUUCUCCCUCUACUCGGAGUUCAAGAACUCUCAGCACUUCAGAGCUCUCGCUGAAGGCAAGAGGGGGCUCGCCCCUCCGCCCAGCCCCUCCCCCCAAGCUGGAGAUGCAGAGACGUCGACCCUCGGCUGAGACACGCUCCUCACUCCUCGCCCGGCUGAGGGGAGACUGUCAGCCCAGCCGCUGGCACCCUGCCUGGUCCGCCGACCCCCUGCUCCGACCCCUGCUCCCUGGAAGCACCGCAUCGCUCACGCCCCUUCCCUCCCCGGCAGCUCCGCACCCUGCCGCCAGGGGGCCUCAGUUAGCCGAGCUGAAUUUCUGGGACCCUAGGAUGCUCAGGUUAGAAGGACAGUUUAAAAGAUGUUCUUUUUGAGAUAGUU